AUGGUUAACUACGGAUGCUCCAAAGGGUGCGUUACAUGCAAACAACGCCGCGUCAAAUGUGACCAAGCAAAACCCAAAUGCCGGACAUGCCAUCGUCUAGGACUUCAAUGUGAGGGUUACCAGAUAAAAUGUACCACCCUGAAGUUCAAAGAACAGAACCACAAGUUCUGCAACGAAAUCAAUAGGGCCAGAGUCGCUCGAGAUGAGAAUCAGGCGUCUAGUCCGCGAGCGCUAGCUGAACCAGACACCUCAGUGUCUUUCUUUUUUCAGUAUUACGCCGGCAUGGGUCGGAGUUUGGAAUCCGCGCGCGGGUUUUUCGAGGUUCUCAUUCCAUUAUAUUGUUCUCAGACGCAAGAGUCGCCUCUCAUGUUGGCUGUGUCAGCCGUAGCUUCUGAAAUCCUGUCUCUAUGGCGACGGGAUUACUGCCAGACUUCACGAGAUAUAUAUAUUCAGGCCGUUAAAUGUCUUCGGAGUACGUUAAAGAAUCACAAUGAAUGGGGCAAGCCGGGAACUAUUUCAGCGGUGUUGGCACUGCAGUUAUAUGAAAACGUCGCCGCUGUCUUUGGUCUUCGCUCAGGAACAUCCAUACACCACAAUGCCGCAUUGUCUUUGCUUCCAUUUGCAAGUUCUAAUAAAGCCGGCGGAAUGACCCACAUUCUUCUUCAGAGAUUUAUUCUUCAUUCCGAAAUUUGCUCUGCGAUGCGUCAAGAAAGGGCAUUGGAAGAUACUGCACACUCCUGGGUCAAAAGCACGGAUUUGAUAGCAUCGACAGACAACCCAAGUCCUAGACUUGAUGCUAUAGGGGCCACUGUUGCCGAAUUACAAGCUAGCUAUAUGCAGUUCGUAACGCAGGACGGGUCUAUCACUUCUUCGCAGAAUGCUCCAAGAGAUUGGAUUUUCGAGGCAAAACGCCUAGACGAUCAAUUACUGGCCUGGUCAAGAAACGUGCCAGACUACUGGCAGCCGCUGAAGCUCAGAAGUGGACAGGACGUCGAUUCUUCAAUCCCCACCUAUCGAUUUCUUUGCGAGGUUUAUCCUACGUGCCAGAUUGGAACGAUUUGGAAUCUAUGGCGCGUUCAGCGUCUCUUGCUUCUCAGGAUUAUUUUCAGCUUACAUGCAAUUGCAUAUCCACAGAAAUUUGAGGAUCGAGCGGAUAAAACAUCUCCGAGUGAUGAACAUCUGGGAGAUUAUGUCCAAACUCUCCAGGAACUAGUGGAUUCCGUGUGCCACAGUGUACCCUUUUAUCUCGGUAAUCGAUCCAAUCCUCUCCACCUUGCCGACUUUGGCGACACGAAAAUAUUGCUUCCAAGUCCUCGUUCACUAGCCGUCGUUCAGGAUGAACGACGCUUUGACAAGCAAGGUCAGAAGGGCCAAACAUCAAGGGAAUAUUACAGACGCCACAUCAUUGCUCAAGGGCCUUGGCAUAUUAUGAGUCCGUUGAGUCGCUUGUUGACGCUCUUCUCAGAAGGCCAUGGUCAGUCUAUGGCGAGUUUUCUCAGACCAGGGCAGCACGAGUGGAUCCGCAAACAAUUCAUGCGUGUCACUUAUUUGCUUCGGAUUCCACUACCAGUUAAUAGUGGUAAAAGUAAAUUAUACACCCUUACAAAAUUGCCCGGCCAAGAACCUACAGAUUCAGAAAUCGAGUAUCUGGCGAAGGAAGUCCGAAACGGUGCAAUUUUUAUGAGUGGACCUUAG